AUGGAAACUUCUGCGCGCCUCAGCGGACACCGGCAGCAUGAGUCUGCAGCCCUCACUUUGAAUAAUGUCCAACAUCAUUCGACUUCCUCUAAUGCUGAGGACCUUCGCUCGACCGAUCCUACCUUUGAAGAACUGAGAGACCCUUCCCCAGACCAUACCGCCUCUCAACAACCAUCACGAGACAACUGCGAUCGGAGGAGACCACAGGAAGAGGAUAACACCCGGCUCAAGAAGAUGUCUUCCCAACUAAUGGUCAAGACGGUCAGCCCAUUCCUGAAAGAACAUAUCCCAGGUCUCUACGCUCCGGUUGGCAAAGACAAUGCCAAGACUGGUACACAAAGUCCUGCAUCAUGGACCCGGAUGAAGGAUCCCAAUACUAGAUUCUGUUAUCGACAUCGUCCUGAUUCCAAGUGUCGCCGAGCUGCAGAUGAGACCAAGAUGGGUUUUAUACAGAGUGAACUGAACAGUCUUCCCAACGCCGAUCAAGAAGCCAUUACCCACGUGUGGUCGUUGUUCUCCGCUGCGCCGUCGAAGCAGCGAGAACUUAUGUUGCAGGGCAUUAUCACGCAAUGCUGUUUCCCUCAGCUCUCCACCGUUUCCCGAGAAGUCCAGGAGCAACUAAAGAUCGAUUUCCUUGCGGCUCUACCGACCGAACUAUCAUACAAAAUCCUCUCUCACCUCGACACCGUUUCGCUAUGCAAAGCCGCGCAAGUCAGUCGUCGAUGGCGCAGCCUUGCUGAUGACGACGUUGUCUGGCACAGAAUGUGCGAACAACACAUUGACAGAAAAUGUACCAAAUGUGGCUGGGGUCUGCCAUUGCUUGAAAAGAAGAAGCUCAUGGCUUGGAGCCGACAUCAAACCGCCCACCAUCGCCACGAUCAAGCGGAGCGCGCCGAGCCAUCCAUCGAGACAAACGGCCAUGGCGAAGGCUCCCCGGCGGAGUCAAACAAACGAGCCAGUUCCAGCGCCGAAGACGGGCCAUCCAAGAGACCUCGACUAGAUGGCCAGAGCCAUUCCCGAUCUCAACUCGACAACGAGCGCAAGUUUCGUCCCUGGAAAGACGUUUAUCGUGACCGAUUCAAGGUCGGUUUCAAUUGGAAGACGGGUCGCUGCACUAUCAAGACUUUCAAAGGGCAUGAGAACGGUAUUACGUGUCUGCAAUUCGACCACAACGUCUUAGCCACGGGCUCCUACGAUACGACUAUCAAGAUUUGGGAUAUUGGGACUGGCGAAGUCAUUCGAACACUUCGUGGUCACACGUCCACUGUGCGCUGUCUUCAAUUCGACGAUUCCAAGCUGAUUAGCGGAAGCUUUGACAAGACAAUUAAGAUUUGGAACUGGCAGACUGGAGAAUGCCUCAGCACUCUGCAAUGCCAUACCGAAGGUGUUCUAUCCGUGCACUUUGACGGCUGCACACUAGCAUCUGGGUCUAUCGACAAGACGGUCAAGAUCUUUAGCUUUGGCAACAAGGAAACAUUUUCCCUGCGUGGUCACACGGACUGGGUCAACCACGUCAGAAUUGACUCGCCUUCGAGGACCGUGUUCUCCGCGUCCGACGACAUGACUGUGAAGCUGUGGGACCUGGACUCUAAGCAGUGCAUCAAAACUUUUCGGGGGCACGUUGGCCAAGUUCAACAAGUGCUUCUGAUGCCACCGGACUUUGAGCCAGACGAAGUCCCCAGCGACGACAAGACUGAUACGAUCUCUGUACACAGCGAUCGAAGCACCACGCCAACGCCUAUUCCAGAGCAACCCAUCGACUCUAGGGCAUCGUUUGGCUACGGCUUUACAAGUGACACCACAAGACCUUUGCCGCCUCGAUACAUGUUGACGGGUGGACUGGAUAAUACAGUUCGCCUCUGGGACAUAACUACGGGCAAAUGUAUUAGGAGCAUGUUUGGUCACGUUGAAGGUAUUUGGGGCCUUGUUGGCGACACGUUGCGUGUUGUCACUGGCGCCAAUGACUCCAUGACCAAAAUUUGGGAGCCACGCUCUGGCAAGUGUGAGCGAAGUUUCACUGGCCACGCAGGCCCAGUUACUUGCGUGGGCCUCAGCGACAGUCGCAUGGCAAGCGGCAGUGAAGACGGCGAAGUACGCCUUUACAGUUUCGAGGGCGAGACACUCGAAGAACGAGGAACUCCAUCAUAA